ACUAGCCCUCCUUUUUCAUUAAAGCGGGAAAUCACAUCAAUUUGGCGGUUAAUCCUCACUCGACCCAUUUCCAAACAGCCACCUCCUAUAAAAAGAAGAUGCAAAAUCAUGCUUCACAGGAAAAAGAAACCAAAAAUCAAAGAAACCCAGAAACAAUGAGGUUUCGAAGAGGAGAUGUAGUGUGGGCAAGAGUGAUAUACCCGCAAACAUGGUACCCAGGUCUGGUUUCAACAACCGACACUCUUGGCAUCUCCGUUUCUUUCUUUAACAUCAUCAAACCUCGUUACGUUGUGGAAUCCGAGGUACGUUCUUUCAAAGAAAACUUUGGGUCAUUAGUUAAGACAAUAAAAUGUAGUAUUGGUCAGGUACUUCUUGAUCAUGUGUUGAAAUUGAUUGCGCGACGUGCCGUUUCAAGCUUGAAAUGCCCCUGUCAGUACCCAUUACUCGAAUCUGAGAAUGAAAGAAGAAAGAUCAGAAGUGAAGAUGUGGGUUUCUUGUUUUGCGCGAAUUCGGUGGUGGGUUUGGUUCGCGGACUGGGGGUUUGUCCAUUCGUGGAAGAUUCAGAUUUUGUGUGUGCAGUCAGUUUGGUUUCUCAGGUUCAAAUGUUUCGUCGAUUUAUGGUGACCCGUCAGAAGUUGUUAUUGAAUGAAGAGGCAAUUAAGAAAAAGCGUAAUGAGGAUGAUUGUGUUUGUUUAUCAGCUUCAGGUAAUGCAACGCAAUCAGUGACACAAAAAUCAGUCACUUCAGAACUUGAAGUUGAAAGCUUUUGUGAGGAUCAACGUAGUGAAGUGUUGGCUCAAACUAAGCAAACCAAGCCACAACCACUCACUGAGAUGCCAGUAAACUUGCAUUGUCUUGCUUCAAAUGCAUUCUUCAUGAGGAGAGAAUGCUUGAAUACUGUGAAGCAGAGUUGCUCGAGAUUUGGAAAUUUGUCAUACCAAAGCACUUCUAAUCUUGAAUUGAGAAAAUUCUUUUGUAGAAGCAUUGGCGUUAGAUUUUCUUAUCCAGACUGCAUCAGGAGCCAGCCAAGUGUUGAGGUUGAUGGAAAAGCUGGUAGGGGAAAUUUUGGCCCCCCUGCACCUUACAUUGCAAACCCUAUCAACUUCACUGGGGUAAAAAGACAGAAUGAUCAGUCUGCUGGUUCUGGUUUUUCUUUCAAGUUGCAGAAGCCUACACCUCGCUGCCCAAUUUGUAAAGCUGAUGCAUAUCAUCAGAAAAGAAAAUCAGAGCACAGAGUUCAUAUAUCUGAUACUUUAAUCCCUGGCCCAGCUUUCUUGGAUUCUAUUUGCAACACUCAACCACUUUUGUCUUCUACAGGAGGGGAUGCUCAUUUACAAAGUAGAACCAGAUUUGAGACAGGAGCAGAGAUCCAAGACCGCCAUUCCAUGCACUUGGUCCAGAACAUGCCUCACGUUUACCUUGCAAAAGAUGCAUCUUACCGUAGCAAUAUUCUGGAGCUCAGCAUGUUUCAGGAGAGCAAAGAUAAUGUUGAUGCCCUUAAUGAUAAUGGGACUUGCUUGCCUGAUGCUGAAAUGCAGGAACCAGGAGGAAUCACCAGUAUCCUGAAAGAUUGUGAGGCCUUAAAACCUGUUGAGUAUGAUGCUGUUGAGAAGAUAGCUGAAGGAAUUCUGAGUGAGGAUAAGAUGGAUGAUUGUAAACUAGUUCUGAAACUUUCUACCACCGAGCCAGUGAUUAAUUGUCUUGUGGAAACUUCUGAUCUAUCAUUCAAGCCUCAGGUGGCUCAACAAUCAGUGCUCGAUGCCUUUGCCAAUUCCAAAACUUAUUCAGACAAUGACAAGUAUAUGAAUGCAAAUGCAGCAACCAGCAAUUGCUUGCCAUAUGAAUCGAAUACUGAUCAAAUCCAGAUGAAGCCUACCAACAGUGAUGAUGCCAUAUCUUUUGGAACCAGCAGAAGAAUGAGCAUUAUUCAAUCUUUUGGAGAUAGUUUAAUGAAUAACAAGGAGUGCUAUCUACCAUGUACUUUUGAUCCAUUAGUCAAGCCGCAAUUGACCGAACGAUUGGCCAUUGGCACCUUUUCCAGUUCCAUAAUUUAUUCUGAAAAUGACAAGAUUGGCAAUGCAAGAGCAGCAACCAGCAAUUGCUUUCCAUGCAAACUGAAUAUUGAUCAAUCCCAGUUAGAGCAUGGCGACAAUGAUGAUGCAACAUCUGUCGAAACCAGCUUAGGAGCGAGCAUGAUUUCACCUUUUGAAGGCAGUUCUAUGGAUGAUAAGGGCCACUGUCGACCUGGCACUUCUGACCUGUCAUUCAAACCUCAAAUGGCUCAACAAUCAGCGGUUGGUGCCUUCGACAAUAUUAAAACUCGAUCUGGAAAUGAAAAGAUUGGAAAUUGUUUGUCAUCUGAACUGAACACUCACAAAGUCUUGAUUCAGCCUUGCAACAGUGAUAAUGCCACAUCUGUUGAGACCAGCAGAAGAGUGAGAAUGAUUUCAUCUUCUGAAGGCAGUUCUAUGAAUAAUGAGCGCAAUAUACCAGGUACAUCUGAUCAACCAUUCAAGUCAAAAGUAUCUCAACAACCAGCUGAGAGCACAUUCACCUAUUCUAAUUCUCUGCACAUGAAGUUUCCCAAAGAUUUUAAUCUUCCUUCUAAAAUGGAUUUGAUAAGAAAAUUUAGUAGAUUUGGUAGAGUGGAUCCUUUGAAAACCAAAGUCUUUCAAGUUAUGGGCUCUGCCCAGGUGGUGUUCUUUGAGGAGCUUGAUGCGGUCGCUGCGUAUCAGUAUGCAAAGAGGAAGAACAAUUUAUAUGGAGUAGCAACGGUUCUGUAUUGGCUUGACCGAUCAGGGCAAAAGAGAAGAGGACCAAACUUUCUUUCUCCAUCGUCAUCCUCAAAUCUAAAAUCAUCUCUUAAAAAAUCCGGUCGGCGUGGAAAAGAGGAUAAUAAACGCACCCGGAAGGUGAGAUUUACAAUAGAAACUUAGGUCGGAUCUCUGUACAUACGAACAAUUGCUUUUGUUCUUUUUGCCGUUGGCAGUUUUGCUUGUAGCUCGCGUAAGAUGUUUUCUUCAUGUCAAUACAAUACGAUAAAUGCUACGAAGGUUGUGUUGCAUGUCCUGCUUCAUUGCCAGGAAAUGUUAAUGCACUGAAGAAAUCACCCUUUGCUGUA